AUCAAACAAUCUGGGCCGCACGCAAAAAUGCCCCGGGGCGAGGAGCGCGGACCUAGUCAGGCCGGCGGAGGGUGUUUUUGGAUGGGAGGCAGAAGCGGCAGAGCUACGGGAAGAAUAAAAAAAUCUGUAUACAAGGGAGGGAGGUGGGGUAAAAAAAAUAUGUCGGCGUUUUGGGGGCAGAGGAGGAUUGUGGAAAAGCAAAGGGCGAGAGCGAGAAACGAGGCCCGACAGUCGUAACGUGUGCGCCGAGGGGAGGGGAAGCAGAGGACAGCUGUCCCCGCUUGAGUGAUUGACUGAUGUCGCAAAGACUUGAGCAACCGGGCUAGCCUGUGUGUGCAGCCGACGUGUGUUAAUAUCACUGCAGUUGAAUUAACUGUAUACAGAGAACAAUAAAUGCAUUGAUUGGAAAUGUUAAUUCAAAAAUGCUAAAGCCCUUGAAGCUGUUUUUGUUAUGUGGACAAAUUACUCUUCGUAUCAAUCCGCUGCGGGGUCCUGUUUUUGUACCUGGCUAGCUAGGUUAGCUUGUGUGUGUGUUUUUUGGCAUUGGUCCGCUUUCUAAAUAUGGCGCGUCUCCUUUGAUCUCACCGGGCGAGAAGCACUUUUAAGUGAACAGUUGUCGACCGUUAGCAGUAGCUCAGCCACACGGCCGCUCUCUAAGUUCCCUGUAGAGCAGCUUCGCGAGCUAACGGCAAUGUGGCGAUAACCUUCCAGCUAACGUUACAUAUUGUCUCGAGGCUCCGUCCUCAGAACUACUUCGUGUGCCGUCGCUGCUCUGGUCGCCGUUAGCGGGCUGGUGAGCAGCCGUUAGCGGGCUGGUGUGCAGCCGUUAGCGGGCUGGUGUGCAGCCGUUAGCGGGCUGGUGUGCAGCCGUUAGCGGGCUGGUGUGCAGCCGUUAGCGGGCUCAUGGAGGCUUUCUUCAACUUUUCUCUCCCCUUGCCGCCACAACCCGUGUGUGCUACCUCGGGGCUAGGCUAGGCUCGUCGUGGUGGGUGUGUUAGUAGCUACCGUCAGCUUUCCAUUCUUCUUAUUUUUAUUAUCUCUUGUGUAGAGUCGUGAACACACACGCGUUGCCACUACGAUACUCCCGUGUGUGUGAAUAUCAGCACAUCAUUUACAUUUUUUAUGAAACCCAUGUUUAUGUUUUCUUUAUUUCUGCAUCCUACAUAUAUCCUUCAAACGUUUUAUUUUGGAGGAAAUGUGUGCGCAUUGGCCUCGGUGGAAAAUGCUUAACUUUACCCAAAGUAACAUUAAGCAUUUAAUAUUCAUCAAUUCUGUUUUUGUUUUUCUAUAAACACAAACUUGUGUAUUCUCUUAUCACACUAACCCAGUUUUCCAAAACUACUGCUAAUCUCAAAGUGAAGUCAUUCCAUGAUUAGCUGUCUGUUCCUCACAUGCCUCUCCAGGCUCUGUUCCAGGUGGUCUAAUGUAAACUGUGUAUUGUGUAGGUGGGCCACCUGUCCCUGCUCUCUAUAAUGCCCCAGUGUUUGCAGCACCAGCAGUGAACAUCAGUGAUGGCAGCCCAGUCGGUUUCCAUAGACCAGUACCCGAAGGGAGAGCAGCAGAUGCAAGGUGUGGUAAAGGUAGACGGCGAGUCCGAGCAGAAGUUUCUUGAGGGGACGUUGGCGGAGACGCCCAGUCCGAUACCCACGGAGCCGCAGACACCCAUGGACGCAGACAAAGCCUCCAUAUACCGGCAUCCGCUGUUCCCCCUCCUGGCCCUGCUGUUUGAGAAGUGUGAGCAGUCCACGCUGAGCGCUGAUUGCAUCACCUCGGCGAGCUUCGACGUGGACAUUGAGAACUUUGUCCGCAGCCAGGAGAAGGAAGGCAAGCCCUUCUUCAGCGAGGACCCCGAACUCGACAACCUGAUGGUGAAGGCCAUCCAGGUGCUCCGAAUCCACCUGCUGGAGCUGGAGAAGGUGAGUGACCUGUGUAAGGACUUCUGCAGCCGCUACAUCGCCUGUCUCAAGACCAAGAUGAACAGCGAGACCCUGCUGAGUGGAGAUCCAGGGAGCCCGUACUCCCCCGUACAAGGCCAGGUUCAGGGUUUCUCCCCCACCAAGACUCCGUUAUGGACUACCCCAAGCUCUAUCUCGGGGACCAUCAGCCCCCAGGGUCAAAUUGUGGUGCCGGCGUCGGCUCUGCAGCAAGGGAACAUUACCGUGACAGCAGUCAACCCCGCCCAGGUGGUUGCAGGUAUGUCACCAUGGCAUACAACAACUCCCCCAGGGGGCACGGUGUACCAGCCCGUCACAGUCGUCACCCCACAGGGCCAGGUGGUCACACAGGCUCUGUCUCCGGGGACGAUACGCGUCCAAAACAAUCAGCUCCAGCUGCAGUUCCACCAGGACCUGAACCUCUUCAAUCACGACGACAACUCGUCCAAGAACAAGCGCGGCGUUCUGCCCAAACACGCCACCAACGUCAUGCGCUCGUGGCUCUUCCAGCACAUCGGGCACCCAUACCCAACGGAGGAUGAGAAGAAACAGAUUGCCACUCAGACCAACCUGACACUGCUGCAGGUCAACAACUGGUUUAUAAACGCACGGAGGCGGAUCCUGCAGCCCAUGUUGGACGCCAGCUCCUCCGAGACGCCCAAAGCCAAGAAGAAGACGCCUCAGAACCGGCCCCUGCAGCGCUUCUGGCCCGACUCCAUCGCCACCGGGGGGGGCAACCAGCAGCAAGUCACCUUGCCCGACGGCACGAUGGUGACGAUGAACAUGGAGGGUCUGCAGAGCCUGACGUCCGACGGCGCCACGCUGGCGGUGCAGCAGGUGAUGAUGGGCGGCCACAGCGAGGACGAGUCGGGGGACGAGGACGACGAGGAUGACGAAGACGCGGACAUGGCCGGGCUGGGCCUGGACCACAGCGACUCGCUGCAGUAGAGGACACACACACUCCCUCACUCUGGUCUACACAGGACGGGCGCCAACAGGCCGUCGGUUGCUGUGUGUGUGUGGAUCACAGUACACACACACACACACACUCACUCACUAGGUUUACAUAGAGCACAACAGAGCGGUCCUGCACUCUUCCAGCCCUCCACCCUGCUGAAUGGCAGUUUUUGGCCGUCUGCGUGUGAACAUCAGGAGUUUCAUUUCAGAAACAGUUUUGUUUUUUUAUUACUUAGUUGAUGUAUGCGAGUGCACUUUUUUUGUAUAUUUAAACUCAACCGGAUUAAAUCAAAACAAACGGAAGAAGAAGAGAGAAAAAAGAAGUGUUAAAAACACUCGAAGCGUUUGAUGCUCCAUGAAAUGACUGAUUUGUGAUUUAUUUUCUCGGCCCCCUCCCCCGUUGAAUUCUCUUUUUUGGAUGCCAACGUUUGGAGUCGUCUCUGAGGGUUUGUCUUUUUGCAUGCUUGUGUUUUGAGUAGAUGUGCACCGACUCCACGGCUCCCACACAGCGGAGAGGUGAGGGAUGAGAAGAAGAAAAAGGAGAUGCUUAUUUUUAUAUACAAAUGUUUGAAAUUAGUGUUUGUUUGUUGUUUCUUUUUAAAUUUGUGUUCUCCUGUUUUGUAAGGAAAUAUUUAUGUACAUAUUCAUAAUUGAAGCUUGCGACCCUGUUUUCCAGGGUUCUUUGAAGUUUUCUAAGAAACAAGAUAAAUUAAUUGAAUGCUGAUGAAAAUUGCUCUUUCAAUUGUUUUUUAAAUGUACAAUAACAUCAAGGCCUUACCGGUGUUCCUAAAAAAAAAGAAUUAUUUCCAGAAGCACAAAAAGAAAGUCUGACACUUUUUUGAAAUUGGUCAACAGGACACUAAACUACAGAACUCUCUGUAACGCAUCGCUGAUGAUUUUACUUUGUCAACUGCAACUUUGCAGUUCUCCCAUUUCUUUAAGUAGAAGCCCAGUGUCGCCCUCCGGUGUGCAUCAUCACUCUUUGAAUCAUUUGACAGUUAUGGCGUAUUUCCCAAAUGCACAAUCCAGAACACUAUGCUAAUCACACAAUCACGAGGGUCUGAGUAACCGGUGAGAGAUUAUGAAUUGACAAGAAGCAGUGGACUUUUUGCACGUGUCAAACCUUAUUUUAUUUAUGUACACACACGUUCUCCGGAGAGCAGCUGGAUGUUCCCGGUCCGCUGCCUGGAGGACUUCGGCCUCUGUCGGCCUCCCUGCCACGGCAUGUCGUGAAAGAUUUAAAAUCUCUUUAUCAAUAUGUUGAUGUGACUUCACAGAUUGGGGUGCCUCUUGUGUUUUUAAUAUUUGUAAUAAUGUACUUUACAACAAUGUGUCUGUCGAUAGGUGCAGCAAUCUGGUUCCAAUCCUUUUUUUGUGAAGUUGAAGCGGUUGGUUUCCGGGCGCGGUGGCCCCCGGCCCUCGCCGACCUCUCACCCCCACUCGCAUCGCUCUCGCUUUUUAUGAAGCGGUGUUCACGUUUUCUCUUGUCUGUUCUGGCCUUAGAGCUUUCUAUUUUGGAAUAAAUGAUGCCUAACUGC